GUAAUGGAAACAACAGUAAUCCUGUCAAAUCACGUAUUCUGAGCUCUGUAACGUACAUACCAUUAGCAGAGUUAAGUCAAGAGCUUGAUAUUUUAAGAAAGGUUGCUAAAUUAGAAAGAAAAGAGAAUGAUGUCACAAUGAUGGAUACAAAUGUAAGUAUUGUCCAUACAGUUCAGGCAAUGAAUGUAAAACAAAAUGAAGAUGUACCUAUAGGCAUAGUAACUAUUAACGGAGAAAGAACUGAUGCUCCAAUUGACCCUGGAUCAAGUGGUAAAGGAAGGAUAGUUGAUGAUAGUAUUAGUAAUUUCCUAGGAUACAUAUCAAAUAUAGAAGUUAAUGCCAAAGGAGUGAAAGUCAUGCAAGAAUUUUAUGUUAUAGAAUCUGCUAGUUUUGACAUGUUGCUAGGAAUGUCAUGA